AUGAGUCCGCGGAACAAAGUCUUAGAGACUGAUACUCCUACUGCAAAAUUCCUCUACACAAUCAUCAAGCAAUUGGACCUGAAGUCGGUUGAUUGGAAUCGGGUCGCCUCUGAUGUCGAAGUCUCUAAUGGUCACGCCGCUCGUAUGCGCUAUUCCCGCUUCCGACAACAGAUGGAAGGCAACACAGGGGCAAACAAGCCAAAGCGGAAGACUAAGAAGGGAAAGACUAUAGAGCCUCCGACCGAAAUGCAAGGCAUAUCCCCAAUGGCUCCACCGCUCAUGAUGCCUACCAUCGAAUCGAUUGAUUCUUCACUUCCAGGAAAUCCCUUUGUAAAGUGCGAGCCGGGCACUCAAGGCAAUGCAAACAUACAAAGCCUUAUGCAACAUUCUCCGCAGUUGAUGCUGGAGGCUAGUACCGAAGGACAGUAUUACUUUCCACAGGAUUUUGCUUCGAUGCAGUUCCAGCUGGCAUCAAGUAUACCAUCCCGGAUAUCAUCACCCAGUCCGGCAACAUCAUCAUCCUUCAUGAAUCCGUACCAGUUCCAGACUGCGCCAACCGGGUACCCUUAUUCAUCGCCCAGCAUCCAAUCCGGCUUCGACUUGCGGGAGUUUGAGCAACUGAACCCUUUCGCCAAUUAUGCCCCAACUAUCACUUGGGAACCACGCCCCCCUUCUCGCCAGGAAGGCCCGGGCGUAAAGAUCGAAGAAGAAAAACAGAGCGAGGAGAAGAUAUCGAGUGCAGAGAACCAGGAAGAUCGGCCUGUUGUUGUCAAAGUUGAAAAUAUUGAAGAUUGA